CCGACCAAAACAAGCGAUGCGAUGACAGCCAUCAGUGAAGUUUGAAGUGCAAAGUGAGGUGAAAAACAGACCGCUCGGGCGUUUCGCAAUCAUGGCUGCGGUAAUCAGAAGUUUAAUUCGGAAUAAAUCGCUGAAUCCGCUGUUAAAAACUGAAUCCAUCCCGGUUCGAUGUUACGCCAGUGCCAACCGUGUAAAACCCUUCAAAAAGGUGGGCAUCUCCGAUAAGGCCAGGAACGAUGCCAGAGCCGCAGAAAUGCGAUCAUUUGCUGCUGGUGUGGAGGAAGAAGGCGCUCUUGAGGUGGGCCAGCAGAUCAAAUCUUUAGGUCAAUCCUUGGCCAGCCGGGGUUACCUACGACCGAGCAAACCUUACUCGCCACCGGAGGGCAUACAGCAGAAAAUUAUGGACCUGGCCAAAUCGAGCAAUAUUGGCAACCCGAAGCAAAAGUUUGCCAGCAAUCAGCAAAAGUUCGACUUCUUGGCGGCAUGUUUCAGUGCAUUCAAGCACGGCGUUCCGAACUCGAGGCUGCAUGAGAUCGAAUCCGUUGAGGACACCCUGGCAUUCUAUGCCACACCGGUGGACACCACACUUCCACUCGAUGCACUGAAAACGGUGGAACUGCCGGAGAAUUUGUACAUCCAGCACGAGUACAUUCGGUUCCACCCCGAGACGGACACCAUGUUCGGAGGUAAGUCUGCUUUCCCCAAGAGUUCUACCAUCGUCACCGGAUUGAAGUACAAGGACAAAUACAAGGGACACGUGGCGAAGAAGUCUUGGCCCUGAGCAGCGCCAAUGCAAGUAAGUCGACUCAUGUGGUAGCGAAUAAUAAUUGUUAUAUUUGAAUUA